CUUAGAGACCCUGAUAUUUUCUACUGUGAAGUUAUAGGAAAAAUGGGUGAUAUUUCUUAUGCCAAUGGCAAUGGGAAUGUGAAUGGGAAUGGGAAUGGAGUAGGAGUGAAUGGGAAUGCAGUGAAUGGAAAUGGAAUGAAUAGAAAAGGCCAUCCAGUACUGAAUGGCUACCGGAAGAGCUGCUGGUAUGAGGAAGAAAUCGAGGAAAACUUAAGAUGGAGCUUUGCUCUUAAUAGUAUUCUGCAUACAGGAUCUACUCCAUACCAAGACAUUGCUUUGUUGGACACAAAGCCCUUUGGAAAGGCUUUGGUCAUUGAUGGAAAGCUUCAAAGUGCUGAGACUGAUGAAUUUAUCUACCAUGAAUGUCUUUGCCAUCCCGCACUUCUUCAUCAUGCAAAUCCAACCAACAUCUUCAUCAUGGGAGGAGGUGAAGGCUCCACUGCCAGAGAACUUCUGAGACACAAGACUGUGGAGAAGGUUGUCAUGUGUGACAUUGAUGAGGAGGUGGUGGACUUCUGCAAAUCAUAUUUGGAUGUAAACAAAGAAGCUUUCUGUGAUGCAAGACUCAAGCUCAUCAUCAAUGAUGCCAGGGCUGAGCUAGAACACACAGAAAACCACUAUGAUGUGAUCAUUGGAGAUCUUGCAGACCCAAUAGAAGGAGGACCUUGUUAUAAACUCUACACCAAAUCUUUCUAUGAGUUAAUUGUCAAACCUAGACUCACCAAGGAUGGCAUUUUUGUCACACAGGCUGGUCCUGCUGGAAUUUUCAGCCACACAGAAGUUUUCUCUUGCAUCUACAAUACUCUAAGGCAGGUCUUCAAAUAUGUUGUGCCUUAUUCAGCUCAUAUUCCUUCUUAUGCUGAUACUUGGGGAUGGAUCAUGGCUUCAGAUAACCCAUUUGUGCUUAGUGCUGAUGAACUAGACCUGAAAACUAAAUUGAGGAUCAAUGGGGAGAACAGAUACCUAGAUGGGAAAACAUUUACAUCAGCCUCUACCUUGAGCAAAGCCAUUCGCAAAUCGAUGGAAAAUGAGACUCAUGUAUACACAGAAGGAACUGCAAGGUUCAUAUAUGGUCAUGGUCAUAAUAGUGCCCAAAAACACAAUUAA